AUGGAAGGAGGCGGCAAGCCCAACUCGUCGUCCAACAGCCGGGACGAUGGCAACAACGUCUUUCCCACCAAGGCGCCCGCGACGGGCUCGGGGCCUGCCGCGGCCGAGAAGCGCCUGGGCACCCCGCCGGGGGGCAGCGGGGCCGGCGGGAAGGAGCAGGGCAAUUCCGUGUGCUUCAAGGUGGACGGCGGCGGCGGCGGCGGCGAGGAGCCGGCCGGCGGCUUCGAGGACGCCGAGGGGCCCCGGCGGCAGUACGGCUUCAUGCAGCGGCAGUUCACCUCCAUGCUGCAGCCCGGGGUCAACAAAUUCUCCCUCCGCAUGUUUGGGAGCCAGAAGGCGGUGGAGAAGGAGCAGGAAAGGGUUAAAACUGCAGGCUUCUGGAUUAUCCACCCUUACAGCGAUUUCAGGUUUUAUUGGGAUUUAAUAAUGCUUAUAAUGAUGGUUGGAAAUCUGGUCAUCAUACCAGUUGGAAUCACAUUCUUUACAGAACAGACAACAACACCAUGGAUUAUUUUCAAUGUGGCUUCAGAUACAGUUUUCCUUUUGGACUUGAUCAUGAAUUUCAGGACUGGGACUGUCAAUGAAGAUAGUUCUGAAAUCAUCCUGGACCCUAAAGUGAUCAAGAUGAAUUAUUUAAAAAGCUGGUUUGUGGUUGACUUCAUCUCAUCAAUCCCAGUGGAUUAUAUCUUUCUCAUUGUAGAAAAAGGAAUGGAUUCAGAAGUUUACAAGACAGCCAGGGCACUUCGCAUUGUGAGGUUUACAAAAAUUCUCAGUCUCUUGCGUUUAUUACGACUUUCAAGGUUAAUUAGAUACAUACAUCAGUGGGAAGAGAUUUUCCACAUGACAUAUGAUCUCGCCAGCGCCGUGGUGAGAAUUUUUAACCUCAUCGGCAUGAUGCUGCUCCUGUGCCACUGGGAUGGCUGUCUUCAGUUCUUGGUACCACUGCUGCAGGACUUCCCACCAGAUUGCUGGGUGUCUCUAAAUGAGAUGGUUAAUGACUCUUGGGGAAAGCAGUAUUCAUACGCACUCUUCAAAGCGAUGAGUCACAUGCUGUGCAUCGGGUACGGAGCCCAGGCCCCAGUGAGCAUGUCUGACCUCUGGAUCACCAUGCUGAGCAUGAUCGUGGGGGCCACCUGCUACGCCAUGUUUGUUGGCCACGCCACAGCUCUAAUCCAGUCUUUGGAUUCUUCAAGGCGGCAGUAUCAAGAGAAGUAUAAGCAAGUGGAACAAUACAUGUCAUUCCAUAAGUUACCAGCUGAUAUGCGUCAGAAGAUACAUGAUUACUAUGAACACAGAUACCAAGGCAAAAUCUUUGAUGAGGAAAAUAUUCUCAAUGAACUCAAUGAUCCUCUGAGAGAGGAGAUAGUCAACUUCAACUGCCGAAAACUAGUGGCUACAAUGCCUCUUUUUGCUAAUGCGGAUCCUAAUUUUGUGACUGCUAUGCUGAGCAAGUUGAGAUUUGAGGUGUUUCAGCCUGGAGAUUAUAUCAUACGAGAAGGAGCUGUGGGUAAAAAAAUGUAUUUCAUUCAACAUGGUGUUGCUGGUGUCAUCACAAAAUCCAGUAAAGAAAUGAAGCUGACGGAUGGCUCUUACUUUGGAGAGAUUUGCCUGUUGACCAAGGGACGGCGCACUGCCAGUGUUCGAGCUGAUACGUAUUGUCGUCUUUAUUCGCUUUCUGUGGACAAUUUCAACGAGGUCCUGGAGGAAUAUCCAAUGAUGAGAAGAGCCUUUGAGACAGUAGCCAUUGACCGACUAGACCGGAUAGGAAAGAAAAAUUCAAUUCUUCUGCAAAAGUUCCAGAAGGAUCUGAACACUGGCGUUUUCAACAAUCAGGAGAACGAGAUCCUGAAGCAGAUUGUGAAACACGACAGGGAGAUGGUGCAGGCAAUCGCUCCCAUCAGUUACCCUCAAAUGACAGCGCUGAACUCCACGUCCUCAGCUACCACCCCGACCUCUCGCGGGAGGACACAGUCUCCGCCGGUGUACACAGCGACCAGUCUGUCUCACGGCAACCUGCACUCCCCCAGCCCCAGCACGCAGACCCCCCAGCCGUCGGCCAUCCUCUCGCCCUGCUCCUACACCACCGCGGUCUGCAGCCCUCCCGUUCAGAGCCCGCUAGCCACUCGAACUUUCCACUACGCCUCCCCCACUGCUUCCCAGCUGUCACUCCUUCAGCAGCAGGCACCGCAGCCGCUGCAGACCAAGCAGCAGCCCCAGGCUCCACAGACACCCGGCGGCGGCUCCGCGCCGAAAAACGAAGUGCACAAGAGCGCGCAGGCGCUUCACAACGCCAGCCUGACCCGAGAAGUCAGGCCCCUCUCGGCCUCGCAGCCCUCGCUGCCCCAUGAGGUUUCCACCCUGAUUUCCAGACCGCAUCCCACUGUGGGCGAGUCCCUGGCGUCCAUCCCUCCGCCCGUGACCACGGUGCACGGCUCGGGCCUGCAGCCAGGGAGCAGGGGCACGGUCCCCCAGCGGGUCACCCUGUUCCGACAGAUGUCAUCGGGAGCCAUCCCCCCGAGCCGAGGGGUCCCACCGGCACCCCCUCCACCAGCAGCCGCUCAUCAGAGGGAGUCUUCCUCAGUCUUACAUACAGACCCAGAGACAGAAAAGCCACGAUUUGCUUCAAAUUUAUGA